UUAACGUUUUGCCAAAGAUGAGGAGAGAUAGAGAAGAUGGUUACACUUCUCGAGGAGAAACAAACGGGCAAUCUCCAACCAUACGUGAUGCACUGCAUUAUGUCAGUGCUGUGAGGAACACAUUUCAUGACGACAUAGGGAAAUAUGAGACAUUCCUUGAGGUCAUGAAGGACUUUAGAGCUCAGAGAGACGACCAUAAUGGUGUCAUUAAAAGAAUAAAAGUUUUGUUCAAUGGUCACAACGACCUAAUAUUAGGUUUUAAUACUUUCUUACCCAAAAAGUAUACAAUAACCUUUCCGUUGGAGGAAGAGAAACCGAAGACCAGGGUAGGUUUCCAAGAUGCUUUCAGUUUCGUCACCAAGAUUAAGGCAAGGUUCUCAAGUGAUGAACAUGCGUAUAAAAGGUUUCUAGACAUCAUGGAGAUGUAUCGAAAGGAAAGAAAGUCCAUCAUUGAUGUCUACGAAGAGGUUACUAUUCUCUUCAAGGGUCAUGAUGAUCUGCUCGUGGAGUUCCUUAAUUUCUUACCUAAUUGUGCUGCAAUUUCUGACAUGCUUCCAAGGCAUUCUGAUAAGGUCGAAAACUGUGAUGAAAAGCUGGUUGUUUUCUCUGGUGGUAAUUUUACUGGAAAGUCCCUUGCUAAAGAAGGUCAGGGAGGCUAUUUGAACGUGGCAGAAAAUGGGCGAAUUCAAGAUCAUCAAAGUGGUCAAGAUGGCGGAAGAGAUACAGAUAGAGCUGACAAAACAGCUAGCAGUGUAAGCCAAAUUAUUGCCUCCUUCCAAAGGAUGUGAAUGACUCUUUUUCCAUAAUAACAUCGUUCUACUACACUGGAAAUUACUGCGUUAUUCAGUUCUUUUAUAAAAUGGUUUGUGUUUGCCCAUGGAA